CGUCCCCUCCGUUCAUCCGCGCAGAUUGGUGGUGCUGCUCCGAUGGAGCUGAGUCCCGGGCGUCGCCUGCGUUUCGCGCAGCCGCAGCUCUGUUGCCCAAGCGGCGGCGGCGGCGAACCGGAUCGCAUCAGCUCCCUCCCGCAGGAGCUCCUCCUCCUCAUUCUCGCCCUCAUGGGAUGCGCUGCCACGGCCGCGCGCACCAGCGUCCUCUCCCGUCGGUGGCGCGAUCUCUGGACGCAUCUCCGCCAGAUCGUCUUCCACAACCUCGCGCCGUCGAUUGCAGCGGCGGUCGGCCGUGUCCGUGGCCCCCCGGCCGCGGUCUCCCUCCUGGAAGUCCGCGUCCCCAACGCCAGCAGGCAUCCCUGGCCCGUCGGCGCCACGGCCAGCAGGCUGCUCCGCGCUGCCGUGCGGCUGCAGCCGGAGGAGAUCGUCCUCAUCUUCCCGUGGAGCGUCGAAUCUGAAGGCGGACCGAACCUCGUGCGGCUGCCGUGCUUCCAGCAGACCAAAUCUCUCAUGAUGGAAAGGCUUCUCUUCUACUGCCCCGACGGCGAGUUCACCGCGCUCCGGACGCUCUCCAUCUCCUACGGCCUGGGCGGCCUCCACAGCUUGCUCCCCCGAUGCCCGCACCUCCGCGUGCUCAGCCUGAAGUUUGUCAACGAUGGCUACGGACUUGUCCAGAAUGGGUUGAUCUCACUCCACUUGCCAUCGCUGCAGGAACUUUUCCUUGAAACCCGCAUACUACACACAGAUGCAGUCGACAUCGUCGCCCCUCUGCUGAAGCGACUGACGGUGUCUGUAGGCGCUUACAAGGUGGUCAGCAGCAUCUCCGUCUCGGCGCCAGUGCUGGAGAAGGUUUCGUGGGAGUGGUGGUAUUUCGAGGCCGGAAGCAUUGUUCAGUUUGGUCCUUGGAGACUCCAGAGGUUGUGGAUACACAGAGGAGAGAGACAGGGACAGCUUCUGUCGCUCCACAUUCAUGCAUCACAUAGCUGGUUUAUUUCCAAUCAAGACAACUUAGCGCAGGAGGUAGAGAAGCACAUGGUUGUUGAUUUCGCUCUUUUGGGGCUACGUCUCCUAAAAGCCGGACAUGUUUUUGGAGCACUGGUGUUUCAUCUCCUCGGGAUUAAUCGUAUUUCUAGAGGAGUACAGAGGCUUAAGAUCGUCCUAGAGAGAUCGCUGGCUAUAUAUAGCUGA